AUGGUGUCACACCCAGUUCCAGUCCCACCGGGCUGCCCCUUCACCUUGGCGCACAUACCCUUUGGUAUCUUCAGCACUGUGGAAAAUGCCGAGAGACGGGUCGGCGCAGCCAUAGGAGACCAUGUGGUCGAUAUUUCCGUGCUUGAGCAGUCGUCCUUCUUGGAUGAUAUAGGCCUGCACCAGCUUAAAGCCGACUUGACCAACAACCCCAUCGGCCGCCACGACGACCUCGGUAGGAUUGCCGCGUUGCCAGCACAGGCAAGGUCCCAACUGCGCCAUGGCCUACAGUCCUGGCUCGGCAACAGCGCGUCGCCACUGUUCGUCGAUGCCGGCCUGAACGAGCACGUGUUUGUGUCUCGGGCGGCUGCCACGAUGCAUCGCCCGUUCAACAUCCAGGACUUCACAGACUUUAUGUGCGCCGAUGUGCAUGUCGACAAUUGUAGUAAGCUUGCCGGAGCAGCAACACCGCCGAGUCACUAUGCGAUGCCCUUGGGUUACAACGGUAGAGCUUCAUCAGUCGUGAUAGACGGCGAGCCGGUCCACCGCCCCCACGGAAUGGUGCGAGAUCCGAAGACCCUUUCGAUAUCAUUCCAGCAGAGCCAGCGGGUGGACUUUGAGGUCGAGAUCGGCUUCUUCCUCUCGCAGCCUCUGCCCCAGGGCAGGACCGUCAGCGCCGACGAGGCCGGCGACUACAUCUUCGGCGUCGUCUUGCUCAACGACUGGUCCGCGAGAGAUGUCCAGUUCGCCGAGAUGACCCCCCUCGGCCCCUUCAAUGGCAAGGCGUUCGCCACGAGCAUCUCACCGUGGGUGACGACCCUUGACACUCUCCAGGGGUCCAAGUGCGCGUCUCCUGCGGCAGACCUCCGCAAGGGAGGAUCGACGGGCGCGGCGCACUUGCGACACAGCGACGAAAAGUCCACGUGGGAUCUGGAGUUUGAGGUGUCUGUCUCCAGGCCGAAAUCGACCAGCAAUGGACCGCUGUUGACGUCGCAGUCUAAUCUCCGCGAUCUCCGGUGGUCACCCGGCCAGAUGCUGGCGCACCUCGCCUCGUCAGGCUGCGGGCUCAGCACGGGUGAUCUCAUCGGAUCCGGCACAAUCUCGUCCCCGAACGACUCCCCAGCUCGUCGGACGCUGGGAUGCCUGCUCGAGCUGACCGAGGGCGGGAGCGUCCCGCUGGGUAGGAGCUCCGAUGACGAAAAGCUCACGUUCCUCAAGGACGGGGACGUGGUUGCCAUGAGCGCCUGGGACUCGGCGCGAAGUUUCGGGCUUGCGCCGUUGAGCUCGCCGCUGCUUGCUUCCCAACGGGGUGGGGAGUGA